AUUUCAUCCCAGCGCGAAAAAUUCAUCCCCAAAUAUUUCAAGACCGCACCCUCUCAAACCCCUAACCCCCUCGUCCAACCGCGUCGAAAAUCCCUCAUCUGGCCCCGUCGAACUCCGACCGCGGCCGCCGGCCAAGGCACCUCCUCAUCCUCCAGGACUCUCGCUCCUCCGCCUCAUCUUCGCCGCGGGCCAUCGUACCCCCUCCGCCUCCCUCAUCUUCGUCGGCGCUCUCGCGCGCUCCUCCUCCUCCGCCUCCAUCGAUUGCAUCACAUCCUCGUCUUGCUCGUUCUGCUGGUCUUCGCCAACAUACCUCCUCCUGCUGCUGGUCUUCGUCGGGGCUGUCGCUCCUCCGCCUCCUCCUCCACCGCCUCCUCCGCGAUUAGACUUCUUAGAAACGUAGGGUGAAAUUUAGGGGCUGAUUAGACUUUAAGCUCACAAUUUGGGUUUGAUUAAUUGUAGGCUUCAGAAGAACAUGGGAUGGGCCCGAGAGGAUAUUCUGUGGUUUGUGGGUAUACAAAUUAUCACAUGAUGCUGGAGGAUGCUUUGGCGGAUUUGAAGAAGAAACAUAUUAAAUUUUAGAUUUAGAUGUUUGAUAAGUUUUGUUCAUGUUUCAGGGUAGAGUUAGUGUUGCAGACAUCAUUGGAUUUUCUAGUUCAGAGAUGAUAUCUUCAAAACCUGAUGGGUCUUUAAAAGCUUGGGAGAGUUAUAUUGAUCUUGAAAAUCUCCUUAAGCAUGAAAUACAUGAUGGACAAUUAAGUUUCAGAGGCAAACAAGUACUUGAGGUGAUAUCAAAGCAAUUGUUCGAUGUUCUAAGAGAAAAGCACAGAGAGGAGUUCAAUUCCUUUAUCACUGAGAAAGUAUCUCCUAUUGCAGGAGACAUAACUAUUGAGAACUUAGGAACCCUGGCUGAUUUGCUUGGCGCUGUUUCACGUUACCGUGCGUAUGGUAGCUUUCAUUUCAAGGAAAAAUGUCAACUUCCAAUUUUUGUACUAGUGAAAGAAGCUCACUUGGUGCUCAACGAAAACGAUCCUGAUUGGGUGAAGAAGCUCACUUGGUACGACAUUGUACUGGUUUUCAAUGAUGGGAAGAGUAGGGUCAGGCUGAGGAUUCGACGCAACUAGCUCUACUUGCAGGGCUUUUGCGUGAACAACGAUGGUAAAUGGUUCGAGCUCAGAGAUAAGUGCCUGAUCGAUAAAGACUCAAAACACUUCUUGGUUACAGGCAUAACUACACUGCCCUGUUACGCGCAGCUGGCUUCGAUCCAGUAGGAGGUCUCACUGAAGUCACUCUUGGGCGACAGAAUCUCAAGAAUGCAGCACAAUGGCUUGGAAACUCAACAACUGACGUCACGAAAAGAGCCCAAGCGCUGCUCAUUGUGAUUGGUAUGUUCUGUGAUUCUGCGAGGUUUAUUCCGAAUUAUAAUCCAGUAAAGGUUGUGGCUCAAAUCGUCGAUGAACUGCUGGAAUAUCUUGGCGUACUGCAAAGGGAUCUGAGAACUAUCCAUGCUCCUGCGGGUUGAUCAGAGUGAAAUUCUGUGGGUUUUAAUAAUAAUGCUAUAAGGAAUAAAUGUGAGCCUGCUAAGGUUUCCAUGGGUUCGGAGUGAUGUUGUGCUCCGAUGAAGUCUAAAGUCUUUUUCUGAGCUACUGUAAUGGGCAACUAGUCUUUUGUAUGUAUAUAUUUUGUCUCUAAGUA